UUUCACCAGAUGCGCCGCUGCCUGGCUGCCUCCGCGCAGGCGCAGGCCACCAGGCGUCAUCUGCUCUGCCUCGCCGCCGCGCCCUUUAUUACCCCCUCAAUCGUCGGCAAUCGACGAAGCAAACCAGUCGGCAUUCGACGAAGCAAACCAACAACCAAAAACUUGGAGAACCCAUCCCCAUCGACCAAAAAAUGGCGCCCGACUCCGCCCUGCCCGCGACGGUCGACGGCAGCGCCCUCGCGGGACUAGCACUCGCCGCGGCCGGCGCACGGCAUAUGUUCGGGGUGGUCGGCAUCCCUGUCACCUCCCUCGCCUCCCGCGCCGCCGCCGCAGGGGUCCGCUUCCUCGCCUUCCGCAACGAGCAGUCCGCGGGCUACGCCGCCGCCGCCUACGGCUUCCUCACCGGCUCCCCUGGCCUGCUCCUUACCGUCUCCGGGCCCGGCUGCGUCCACGGACUCGCGGGCCUCUCCCACGCCACCGCCAACGCCUGGCCGCUCCUCCUGAUCUCAGGCUCCUGCUCCCAGCACGACGCCGGCAAGGGCGACUUCCAGGAGCUCGACCAGAUCGCCGCCACCAAGCCCUUCGCCAAGCUCGCCGUCAAGGCCACCUCCAUCGCAGACAUCCCCCGCCUUGUCUUCCAGGCCCUUGCCGCCACCGUCGCGGGCCGCCCCGGCGGGUGCUACCUGGACAUCCCAUCUGACGUCCUCCACCAAACCCUCACCGGAUCCGAGGCAGCCUCUCUUAUAGCCGCGGCCGCGGCGGCCGAUUCUGCCGAUUCUUCCCCACCGAAGGACAAGGCCCUAGGCGAGGGUAUCGUGAAGGCCGCAGAGCUGCUCCGGCGGGCGGAACGGCCUCUGGUUGUAGUUGGGAAAGGUGCAGCAUACGCCCGUGCUGAGGAAGUGAUCCAGAAGCUCGUGGACACCACAGGCAUCCCCUUCCUCCCGACUCCGAUGGGGAAGGGCGUCGUGCCAGAUGUGCACCCACUGUCUGCCACCGCCGCCCGUUCCCUCGCGAUUGGGCAGUGCGAUGUGGCGCUUGUUGUCGGUGCGAGGCUGAAUUGGUUGCUUCACUUUGGUGAACCGCCCAAGUGGUCCAAGGAUGUGACGUUCAUACUUGUGGACGUCUGUGAGGAUGAGAUUGAGCUUCGGAAGCCGCAAGUGGGUCUUGUUGGGGAUGCAAAGAGAGUCAUUGAGCUCCUCAACAGGGAGAUCAAGGACCAGCCAUUCUGCUUGGCACGGUCGCACCCAUGGGUUGAUGCAAUCACCAAGAAGACAAAGGAUAAUGUGCUUAAGAUGGAGGCACAACUUGUGAAGGAUGUUGUGCCAUUCAAUUUCAUGACACCCAUGCGGAUUAUUCGAGAUGCAAUCCUUGCGGAGGGGAGCCCUGCUCCAGUAGUAGUCUCAGAAGGAGCGAAUACCAUGGACGUUGGCAGGGCUGUGCUUGUGCAGAAUGAGCCAAGGACAAGAUUGGAUGCAGGGACAUGGGGGACAAUGGGUGUCGGGUUGGGGUACUGUGUUGCGGCUGCAGUGGCUGAGCCAGGACGACUUGUGGUUGCUGUUGAGGGCGAUUCUGGAUUUGGAUUCAGUGCAAUGGAGGUUGAGACAUUAGUAAGGUACCAGCUUCCUGUUGUUGUAAUUGUUUUCAACAACAAUGGUGUCUACGGUGGUGACAGAAGAAGCCCUGAUGAAUUAACCGGACCAUACAAAGAUGACCCUGCCCCAACUUCUUUCGUUCCUGCUGCAGCCUACCACAAAAUGAUGGAAGCUUUUGGAGGAAAAGGUUAUCUUGUUGAGACACCAGAAGAGCUAAAGUCUGCUCUUUCAGAAUCAUUUCAUGCCAGGAAGCCAGCAGUGAUUAAUGUCAUCAUUGAUCCUUACGCGGGUGCAGAGAGUGGCCGAAUGCAACAUAAGAACUGAAUGCCUUACUGUACCAUAUCCUAGCAGGAUGCAGGUGCUGAGUUAAUAAGCUUAAUGUCCUUCACGGAAUCGUUUGUGUAUGCAGACACACACCCUAUCAAAAUUAAAAUGGACCGCCAAGGAUCUAGAUCUCAACUUAUUUCUUGCUGCCCCUGAAAUAAGUAAGCCCUUCUGGAUAGUCUUUGCCCUGGUCUAUAGUACGUCAUGGGCAUCAUAUUGUCCCUUUGUGCAAUGUAUUGUGUUUGUGGACAUGUAAGCAUAAGUGGAGUAUAGUAAAAUAUGUUGAUACACUCUUGGCAUGGAUGGUGCACAAGUUUGUGGACACAUCACACAUGUAUGUAUAAUUCGUGCUAUUCAAGUCACCAGACCUCACGUUAACCUUUUGCCAGAAAA